AUGGAGCGCGAUGAGUUAAAAGAUGUCAUUAAGAAGAAAAUAAUUGCACCAGUUGCAAAAGGUCUUAAAAUCCGUAAAGUCGAAAUACCUGAUAAUGAUGACAAGUUGGCCAACCUCUUACUAAAUGACCGAGAUGAACUCCUUGCAACAAAGAAGAUAAGGAAGUACUUUCCCAAAGAGCCAUAUUCAUAUUAUUAUAUCUUUACCAAAAACUGUCAAGCAGGAACUCUUGGAUCAGUUGGCCGAGUUGCAAAAGAACCUUAUGUUCUUGAUGGAAAUCAACUUCGCAUCAUUGGUGAAAUUGUAAGGCCCAAUGAAGAAUCUGAUGAUGACCUCUUUGAGGAUAAAGAUACUUUUGAAAAUGAUGAUAAAAACUUUCAUGAAGAAAUCCCAUUAUCUACCAAAGAUCAUACGAAUGCCGAUGUUGCAUUCAUUUCCGAUUUAAUUAGAUUUACUAUCGAAGGAUAUCAUCUUGAUUGGAUGUUUACAGUAUGGAAAAUUCUAAAGAGAACUGGUUCCAAAUGUGAAGAUACGUCAAAUAUUCUUUCGAGUACUUUUAAAGUACAAAAGACCUUAAGAGAUAUGCAUCGAAAUUUAAUUGAGUCAAUAUCUGAUGAGAGUUGCGGAAUGUUAUCAAAUCCAGUCCUUCAUGCUAGCAACAAACUUUUGAUGCCAGGUUUUUGUCGUCAUAUUUUUCUUACGUGUUAUGAUGAUUGUCAAUUUAGCGGAUCUUUAUAUCCCAACAAAAUAUGA